GGAGUGGUAGGUAAUCUUCACAAGAAGAGUGGAAGGUAUAAAUAUGAUAUAGAUCUGUUUCGACUCCAUUAGUUCCAAAGUGCUAAGCGAAAUGAGACAUUUGAUAAUUGUAAGUGCUAUAUUAGCAUUCGCCUGGGCUCAACCUCAACAGGCCAGGAGAUCUCCACAACCCUUCCAACCCCCAAGACAACAGUACAAUCAAUAUGAAAACGAGGAAAAUUCAGAGCAAUAUCAAAAUGAGAAUAAUGAAAAACAACAAUAUUAUUCACAAGUGAAAUCGAAUGAACCCAAUGAAAGGAUAAGGUCAACCACAUUCAUACCUAUCAUCAGAUUCGACAAAGAACAAGGAACUGAUGGAAGCUACAAAACAUCAUGGGAAACUGGCAAUGACAUCUUCGCUGAAGAGGAAGGAUACCUUAAAUCUUUGGGACCUGAUCCAGAUGAGGAAGGACAGAACCUCAACGCUCAAGUUCAACAAGGAUCCUACUCUUACACCUCUCCUGAUGGUCAAAAUAUAACCGUACACUACAUUGCUGAUGAAACUGGAUUCCAUCCAACUGGAGAUCAUUUGCCUACCCCACCACCAGUUAGUCCUGAAGUUCAAAAAGGUUUGGAUCUCAUCUACGAAGGAAUCAGGGCCCAACAGGAAGCUGCUGAAAGAGAAGCUCGUGAAAAUCCAAACGCUCCAAGGAAAGAACAAUUUAAUGAUGACGGCCAGUACAGACAGUAAGCUGAAAUGAAAAUUUCUGUGAUGCAUCGAAUCGAAUAUUCUACUAUCUUUGUGAUUUAUUCCAUAAAACUCAAAAUUUCAGAACCAUUGUAAUUGUCCUAAUGGCUGCAUGAUUUGAAGUGUUUAUAAUCUCAGUUACUGUCAAAUUGUUUCGUACAAAAAAUAGCAUGAAUUUAUGAGAAAUAAUGUAUUAUACCAUUUGAUGAACUUCAUCAACAAAAUGAUUAACACACAUUCUCAGACUGAAGACAUACCCUUAUGUGACUUUAAGUGUGUUCUUAGAUAAGUAUAGGGAACUAUAAUACAAAUGAUUGUUAUAAUGUUUUAAUUAAUUUUAUAUGAAUAGAAUAAAUAUUUUCAAUGAA